AUGAGCCAACCGGAACCCUCACCCACCUCGACCCCAACCGAGUACAGGUCUUCUCCCUCAUCACCCAUCGCAAGCAGCAAGCAAUCAGCACUGCUCCAUCGGCUUCGGACCAGCACUCGGGACCUCUUCCCCCGCGAGCGACGUUCGUUUAUCGCCGACACCACCAGCGCCAGUAAGAAGAGGGCCAUCAUCUCAAUCGCCAUCCGCAAAGGAUUGUUCGUCUUCUUCUCCGUACAUGGCGUCGUUAGUACCGCGUUGCUGGCCUUGGCCCUGGUGCGCACUGGAAGAGUCAAACAUCAUGCUUACUCGGUCCAUCGACCUGGCCAACAGCGAGCGGGAAGCCGAUUGAUCCAAGUCUUGCUGCAGACCCUCCGAUCAUCCUCGACGGCUCGCCUGGCCAGUUGGUUGGGCUUGUACUCUUCCCUCUGGACACUCACCUACUCCUUCCUCAGGAAAUCUCAGCAUAAAUAUUCCGAAUGGAAUGCGUUCAUCGCUGGUUCCCUCUGUGGGGUCUCCUUCUUUGCCCAGCCGAAAGCCGAUCGAAAAGAGAUUGCUCCCAACGUCCUCUGUAGAGGCCUCUACUCGAUCCUUAUGUGCUAUCCCCUGUGCCAUUUCAAACAUGCAGACUUGUUAUUGUUCGCCCUUUCGAAUGCCCAGAUCGCUAUCGGCUAUCUACUCUAUCCCACCAGUCUACCGGCCUGGUAUGUCCACUGGAUCUCGCGGGUCGGAGAACUGAACCCGCGAUAUGUCGAUUUGAAUCGACGGCUGGACCGCUCACUCAUGCCGUCUAAUAGCAAUCUUCUCCAAGACCAUCAUCGACUCCUCUCUCGGGACUCCCAUCCUCGCACCUGGCUUAACGAAAAUCGCAUCCAAUCCUGGCUCAAUCAACCCGACCCAACACUCCGUAUGGGCGCGCCUUGCGCUUUAAAUCACUUUCGGCAUAACAGUUGUCUUGCCUUCAACCUCCAUCAACUCCUGAAGACUAUCCUCAAAAUGGCACCUACCUAUGCCAUCCUUCACCUCGUACCCGCGCUCAUCUUUCGCUCAAAGCUCUUAGUAAAAUCACCGAUCACCUUCAUGAGCUCGAUCAUCAAAAAAACCACCUCGAGUGCCCUCUUCCUCGGCACGUUUGUCUCCGUCGUCCAGAACUGCUUUUGUCUACCUAGUCAAGUUUACGAGCGCUUUGGGAUCGUCCUCCGCGGCGCUCCGUUCUACGGAUUGAUGGGAUUCUGCACGGGCGUUUCUCUGCUAUGGGAGGAGCCUAAGCGAAGGGGCGAGCUAGCACUGUACUGUGCCCCCAAAGCGCUAUACUCGUUAUGGGCGGUUCUGAAGGCCAAGAAAUGGGUGCCCCGAGAGAUCCCGAUGGGCGACAUCAUUGUGAGCUCGGUGGGGUGCGGAAUGCUGAUGCAUUGCUUCAUGAACCGCAAAGAACGUAUGCCCGCUUUGGCCCGGGGAAUCAUCUCCCAGAUCGUCGACCCUCACACUCCCGAUCGCACUAAGAAACUCAACCCGCUCCUGAAGAAAUCCGACGAUCCCCCUCCUGAUCAACUUCCCGAUUCCAAACACACUUGA